AUGACGACUCUGGCAUACACCUCCCUUGAAGACAUUCCAAAGAUCCACGAGCGUGCACGUCAAGCAUUUCUCUCGGGAAAGACAAAGUCUAUCUCUUUCCGCAAGGCUCAGAUUGCGCAAGUCGGGUACCUCAUCAAGGACAAUGAACAGCGUAUCAAAGAUGCCCUAAAGCUCGACUUGUGUCGUCCUGAGUUCGAGACUGAAUUUUCUGACUUCACCGCCACGUACAUGGACGUGCGGUCGUCAUACGACAAUGCCGAGAAAUGGUCAAAACCUCAGAAGACGGACUUCAACUUCAACUUCUUCGCCAUGAGCCCGAAGACGAAGGCAGAACCCAAAGGCGUCGUGCUCUUCGUUGCGCCAUUCAACUUCCCGGUUUUCCUCAUCUUCUCACCUCUGGUUAGCGCUAUUGCAGGGGGCAACGCAGCCGUUAUCAAGCCCUCCGAGCAAACCCCUGCUUUUAGCGCUCUUAUUGCCGAACUCGUACCACAAUACUUGGACAACGACCUUUUCCAUAUAGUCAACGGUGGACCGACAGAGACCACCAAGAUCCUUGAGCUUCGCUGGGACCACAUAUUCUACAUCGGCAACGGCCGCGUCGGUCGCAUUAUCGCUACGGCGGCGGCGCAGCAUCUUACCCCGGUAACGCUGGAGUUGACGGAUGGUGGAGCCGUAGCUCACAACAACAUAGGGAAGAACCCGGUCGUCGUCGAUCCGAAGUGCGACGUGAAGCUCGCCGCGCGCAGGAUCCUCUGGGGUCGCUUCUCCAACGCCGGCCAGACAUGUCUCGCCCCGGAGUACGUUCUCGUUCCGAAAACGUUCCAGGACAAGUUCGUAGAGGCCCUCGUGGAAGCUUAUCACUCCUUUUAUCCCGAGGGCCCGGCGAAGUCAGACUCCUUCAGCAGAAUCGUCUCGGAGAAGCACACGGCACGUAUCAAGCAGAUGAUCGACGGGACGAAGGGAACGAUCGUCGUCGGUGGCGAUGCGGACAUCUCGCAGCGUUACAUCGCGCCAACCAUCGUUAAGGAUGUCCGAGGAGACGAUUCCCUUAUGGCGGACGAAAUCUUCGGACCUGUGCUCCUCGUUAUCCCCAUUGAGGGUGUCGACGAGACUAUAGCCUUUAUUAAUGGCAGAGACUACCCGCUCGCGAUCUACGUCUUCUCUAAGGACAAGAAUUUCCAGAAAAAAAUCUUUGACAACACGCAGAGUGGAUGCGCGUCCACCAACGAGACUGUCAUCAGUGCAGGCGUUCCGGGAUUGCCCAUGGGUGGCAUCGGCGGCAGUGGUUACGGGUACUACACCGGCAAGCACGCAUUCGACGAGUUUACCCAUCUCCGUGUCUCUCUCGAUAACCCAGGCUGGGUCGACAAACUCGCUCUGGGUGUCCGUUACCCACCCUACAAGCCAAGCAAGGUGCUGGCGCUGCUCGCGCCCGGGCUGCCGCCGCGCCCCGUCGGCGGCAAGCCGGCGGCAGCGAAGAGGUGGGCGUUCUGGCUCGCGGUGGCCGCCGCCGGCGCUGCAGCGGUGUUGUUGACCACCGGCCCUGGCGCGGGGCUUCUUGCGCAGUUCCGCAAAGCUGUGAAGUUGGCGGGGUGA